CUUGUUUUCGAUUAUCAUCCUACUGGCGAACUUUGAAUUACAUAUUAAAGAUUACUAGGGUUCUGAAUUCAUCUUCAAUUUCGCACAAUCACUGAUCGAUCUGCACACCUUUAUCGAUCUAUUGAACGUCUAUUCAACGCACAAUCAGAUUUCAUCUUAAAGAAUGGAUUCUAAUGCUGAUAAUACUUCUGAAGAUGGUAGGGGCACUGAUGACCGUGAUGAAGAUGAUGACGACGAAUAUGAAGAGGGUCGUGACGGAAGUCGUCUUUUAGAGUUCAUGUUUGGUAAUAUUGAUGGUUCCGGUGAUCUUGACAUUGAUUACCUUGAUGAGGAUGCAAAGGAACAUCUUGCUGCACUAGCUGAUAAACUUGGCUCAUCUUUAACGGAUAUUGAUCUGUCGGUAAGAAAAUCACAGACAUCUGGUGAUGCUGCUGAACAAGAUUAUGACCAAAAAGCUGAAGACGCAGUAGAUUACGAAGAUAUCGAUGAACAAUACGAGGGACCGGAAGUCCAAGCGUUGACUGAGGAAGACUAUCUCUUACCAAAAUCUGAUUAUGUUUCAACAACCAUAACUGCACCAUUAACUACAUCAUCUUCACUGUUUGAUGAUGAAAAUUACGAUGAAGAAGAAGAAGAAGAAGAAUUACCGAAAGAACUUGAUCAUGUGGAUAACAAUGAUCAAGUUCAAAACACUUCUGUCUCAGGUGAGGUUGAACACGACGCACAAGAAAAACGCUCUCCAGAGGAUGGCACCGGUGCAGUUGAAAUAGAAAACUUGGAUCCUGAUGUUGUGGAACUUGAUAAGGACGACACGACUCUGUCAGAAGAAGAAGAAGAACCAUUUGAAGCAAAAAAUUCAACACCGUUGCCUGUUCUCUGUGUAGAAGAUGGAAAUGUGAUUUUACGGUUUUCGGAGAUUUUUGCUAUUCAUGUUCCUUUAAAGAAAGCAGUAAAAAGGGAUCAAUGGUUUUCUGUUCCAAAAGAAAAAUAUAAGUCAAUGGACGUCUCUGAAAUCGUGGAGGAAGAUGAAGAAGCGUUUUUGAAAGGAUCGUUAGACGGUUUUCCUCAUAUGAAACAUAAGCAUGUGUUUGAAGAUGAUUUAUUGACGUUAAAUCAGGAUAAAAUCGAGCUCCCAAAAUCUGGGGUUGUUAACGAGGAUAGAAUGGUAAUUUCAGAAGAUGAUGAUGAUCAGAAGGAAGACGUUUGUGAUGAUGUCAUACCUUUUAAUGGAAACUCAAUGUUAGAUUUACCUCUUGACCAACAAGACUGGGAAAACCGAAUUAUUUUUGAUAAUUCUCCAGAUGCCACUGAAACGUUUAGUGGAGGUGAGGUAUCUGGACCCGAGUCCGACUCGUUAAACGGGCGCACGAGGACACAGACGGUGUCAAAAAUGGAUGAUAAAGAUGGUGGUCUUUUUAGUCAUGUUUCGGUAGAACCGUUGAGCUCAAGAAAAUCUCCAAAGUCAUACAGUUCAUCAGAAGAAACGGUUUACCAUCCGCAACUUUUGAGGUUAGAGUCCCGUUUGGAAACCGAUGAAAGAAACCCAACGGCUGAAAGCGAUACGAUUAAACGGUUUGACAAGCUUACUUUACGAAACAAAGAUUUACUAGACGGGUCAUGGAUGGAAAGAAUAGUGUGGGACCCACAACAAUCAGUUUCGAAACCGAAAAUACUUCUCGAUCUACAAGAUGAACAGAUGCUGUUUGAAAUUUUGGAUAACAAGGAUGGCGAGCAUCUUCAGCUUCACGCUGGAGCCAUGAUUACAACUCGGUCUGCUGACUCAGCCGCUGCCGGUGAUUCGUUCGAGCUACACGGUGGUUAUGGCGGUCAAUCUGGUGGGAAAUUCAAUAUCGCUAACGAUAAAUUCUAUUCCAGCAGGAAGUCGUCUCAGCAGCAGCUGAAAUCGCAUUCGAAGAAACGUGCAGCGCAUGGUGUUAAAGUCUUGCAUUCGAUACCUGCACUGAAGCUACAGAUAAUGAAAGCCAAACUUAGCAAUAAAGAUAUUGCAUAUUUUCAUAGACCGAAAGCGGUAUGGUAUCCACAUGACAAUGUAGUGGCACUUAAAGAACAAGGAAAGCCGCUUACAAAAGGAUCGAUGAAAAUAUUAUUGAAAAGCUUAGGUGGAAAAGGCAGCAAGCUUCAUGUAGAUGCUGAGGAGACGAUUUUAUCCGUCAAAGGAAAAGCUACUAAGAAGCUUGAUUUUAAACCAUCAGAGCCAGUAAAAAUAAUAUACUCGGGAAAAGAGCUUGAAGACGAAAAAUCUCUCGCUGAGCAAGACGUUAGACCGAAUUCUUUACUGCAUCUUGUACGUACGAGAAUACAUUUGUUACCACGUGCCCAAAAGCUUCCUGGCGAGAACAAAUCUUUGCGUCCACCUGGCGCUUUUAAGAAGAAAUCAGAUCUUUCUGCAAGAGAUGGCCAUGUAUUUCUAAUGGAGUAUUGUGAGGAAAGGCCUUUACUGCUUGGAAAUGCCGGAAUGGGUGCUCGUUUGUGCACGUACUACCAAAAAUCAAGCCCCGGUGAUCAAACCGCCACUCAAUUGCGCAGUGGGCCCAACAAUUUGGGGAACAUUCUCACCCUUGAUCCAGCCGAUAAAUCACCAUUUUUAGGAGAUAUAAAAGCCGGUUCGACCCAAUCCUGUCUCGAAACUAAUAUGUAUCGAGCUCCAAUAUAUCAACAUAAAGUCUCGUCAACUGACUACUUACUAAUUCGAUCUGCAAAGGGAAAGCUCUCGUUAAGACGCAUGGACCGCAUUUAUGUCGUUGGUCAACAGGAACCUCACAUGGAGGUAAUGUCUCCUGUAUCGAAAGGGGUGCAGACGUAUAAUAUGAAUAGGCUUUUGGUGUAUAUGUAUCGUGAGUUUCGCGCUUGUCAAAAACGUGGCUCGGUGCCUGCCAUUCGUGCUAAUGAGCUGUCAGCACAGUUUGCAAAUGUGGCUGAGGUUUCUUUAAGAAAAAGGUUGAAGUUGUUUUGUGAUUUUCAGAGGGGUCAAUGGGUUAUGAAGCGAAAUUUCCGUAUUCCAUUGGAAGAGGAGCUUAGAAGGCUGGUUACACCUGAAAACGUGUGUGCGUAUGAAAGCAUGCUAGCUGGCAUGUACAGGCUCAAACGUUUGGGCAUCAGCAUGACUCAUCCAGCCGGUCUUUCUUCCGCAAUGAAUCAGCUGCCCGAUGAGGCAAUCGCUUUAGCUGCUGCAUCCCACAUCGAGCGAGAAUUACAAAUAACCCCCUGGAAUUUAAGCAGCAACUUUGUCGCGUGUACAAAUCAGGACAAAGGAAAUAUUGAGCGGUUGGAAAUUACCGGUGUUGGUGAUCCAUCUGGCAGAGGUUUGGGAUUUAGUUAUGUUCGCACGGCUCCCAAGGCACCGGUUUCCAAUGCAGUAACGAAGAAAAAAGCACCGAUAAAUCGAGGUGGUAUAACCGUAACAGGAACAGAUGCGGAUCUUAGGAGAUUAAGCAUGAAAGCCGCAUGCGAGGUUCUCAUUAAAUUCAACGUUUCCGAGCAACAAAUUGAGAAACUUACAAGAUGGCAUCGGAUCGCAAUGAUCCGGAAGCUUUCUAGUGAACAAGCAGCCUCCGGAGUCAAAGUUGAUCCAACAACCAUCAGCAAAUACGCACGCGGUCAACGGAUGUCGUUUUUACAACUUCAACAACAAGCACGAGAAAAAUGUCAAGAUAUCUGGGACCGACAAGUUCAAAAUCUUUCCGCCAUUGAUGGUGAAGAAAUCGAAAGCGACAACGAAGCGAAUAGCGAUCUGGAUUCAUUCGCAGGGGAUCUUGAAAACCUUUUGGAUGCAGAAGAAUGCGAUGACGGUGAAGACGGAAAUUACGAGUCGAAUCAUGAAAAUAAUUUAGCUGGAGUUAAAGGACUUAAAAUGAGACGGUUGCCUUCGCAAAGUCAGGCGGAAGUCGAAAACGAAGAUGAAGCUGCUGAAGCUGCAGAGUUGUGCAGAAUGCUCAUGGAUGGAGAUGAUGAGGCUGAACGGAAGAAGAAAAAGAUCAAAUCAGGCGAUAUGGGAUUAGUUCCUAUGCAGCAGUUAAAUAAUAAUUCUAAAAACAAGGAUAAAUCGAAAGCAAUGAACACACCUGUGAAGUCGUCAAUGUCGGGAUCAUUUUCUAUAAAUGAGAAUGCUACUAGAUCAUUAAAAGACGAUGACUUGUUUCCUUACAAGAAAAGCGUUUCUUCUGGAAAGAUGAAACCGAAAAAGAAAGAUGAUCUUGAACAAGUUGGUUUAUUGAAUAAAAAACUUCGAAUUUUGAAUGAUGGAAUGAAUCUUAUGAAGGUAAAUACAAAGAAAAAUGCAAGAGAGAGUUUUACAUGUGGAGCUUGUGGUCAGUAUGGUCAUAUGAAGACGAAUAAGCACUGUCCCAGAUAUAGAGAAAACGCCAGCAUCCAAAUCGAAAGUAAAGAUUUCGAAAAAGGGUCCAACAAAUUGAUCAAUUUGGAUCCCGUUGUAAAACCGCAACAAAAAAAUACCGUAAAAAAGCUUAUACAAAAAGGUGGCACGAAACUCGCUGUUAUAGAAGCACCCCCUGAGGAGGAAAGAACGUUAAAAGCCAAGGUUCUAAAGGUCAAAUGUGGGCCCGCCAACGACAAGGUUCCCGAGAAGGCUACUCCAAGCACCUCGCAAGUUUCUGAUCGACCGGUAACAUCGGAUACCGAAACGGUUAAUAAAUCUUCGUUUAAAGUUAACAAAAUUAUAUUCUCCAACAAGUUAAAGACUGAAGAUGUCCAGGUUGAAUCACGCAAACCGUCAUCUCUUGUUAUCCGGCCGCCUGUCGAGACUCCCCGAAACCCGUCUCGAUUAGUAAUCAGACGACCCAAGGAAGUCAUUGACCUUGACCAAGUUAGUCAAGAAGUCAGCCCAGGAAUCGAGCCAAGAAAGACGAAACGAAUUACCGAAUUAUCGGGUUUUCAGAAGUCCAGUAGACCUAUAGACAAUCAUCAGUAUUGGGAAGAAGAAGAACAACCAACAAUGAGUUACGAGAGAGAGCGGGAGCAGGAGCAGGAGCAGCGGGCCCGGAGAUUGUAUGAAGAAGAACAAGCAAGAAAACGGGCGAAUGAGAUAAGACUGUAUGAAGAGAAUAUAAAACGGGAACGGGAAGAAGAAAGGCGCCUGCGCGAAAAAAAGAAGAAAAAUAAAAGUUUUGUUUUCGAGACUCGAAACGACUAUUAUGAUGAGCCCCAUUUGAGAAGAGACGAGAGACGGGAACGCGACCGCGCUGCAAAGAGAAAGCCUGUUAUGGAGUUGGGCGGCAGGUUCGGUGCUGAUUACACCUCAACUGUAAAACGCCGCCGAGGGGGUGAGGUUGGUUUAGCUAAUAUCUUGGAGAAAAUUAUUGAUACUCUAAAGGCGCACCAUGUGUCGUUUCUUUUCUUGAAACCGGUGACUAGAAAAGAAGCUCCGGAUUACCUGAAAAUCAUUGACCGGCCGAUGGACCUGUCAACAAUGAGGGAGAAAGUUCGAAAGUUGGAAUAUAAAAGCCGAGACGCUUUUAGACAUGAUAUGUGGCAAAUUACGUAUAAUGCUCAUAAAUACAACAAUGGAAGAAAUCCGGGAAUCCCGCCGCUAGCGGACCAGCUUUUGGAGAUUUGUGAUAACUUGUUGGACCAAUAUGAUGAAAUCCUUGAUGAAGCUGAAGCAGAUAUAGAGGAAUGAGAAUAUGUUUUGUGGAAUUGUAAAUUCUACUGUGUAGUUUAGUUGAAGGGUAAAAGAGUAAUUUCAGCCCCUUUAUUAUGGGAUGGUGGUCAUGGUUUUAUUUAGUGACUGUGUACAUAUGUAGGAAUAUAAGUUGCAGGUUUUGUAAACCAUUUGCUUUUCUACUUUUUAAAUGAUGGAAAAUGAGGGAAGAGUUUAAAGUCUUGAAAAA